AUGCCAUUUGAAGAUCCAGAACAGGGAUUUUUCCUUACCGUCACUGUUUCUUCAGAAGAUGAUGAAAAGAAUCAAAUUAUAGUGACAAACGUUUGGUUAAAUCUGGACGAAAAGAACCAACAAAUAAUUUCAAAUAUCUGGUUAAAAUUGGAGUGGGUGGAUGUCAACCUCAGGUGGAACGCCUCAGAGUUCGGGGGCAUACAAGACCUCAGAAUACCUCCGCACAAAAUUUGGAAACCAGACGUCCUUAUGUACAAUAGCGCCGACGAAAAGAUCGACAGUACUUUCCCAACGAAUGUCGUAGUGAGGAACAACGGUAGCUGCACCUACAUCCCGCCCGGCAUCUUCAAGAGUACGUGUAAAAUCGACAUCACAUGGUUCCCCUUCGACGAUCAGAAGUGCGAAAUGAAAUUCGGUUCGUGGACCUACGACGGCUUCCAGCUUGACCUUAGACUAGCUAGCGAAGAAGGAGGGGACCUGUCCACGUACAUCACCAAUGGCGAGUGGAUCCUGAUUGGCCUUCCAGGAGUGAGAAACGAGAUUUUUUAUGCGUGUUGUCCGGAGCCUUACGUCGACAUCACCUUCACAAUCCAUAUUCGGAGGCGAACCCUCUACUAUGGAUUUAAUCUCAUCAUCCCCUGUGUUCUCAUCUCCUCCAUGACCCUUCUAGGCUUCACCUUGCCGCCGGAUUCGGGAGAAAAACUAACCCUCGGUGUCACGAUUCUUCUGUCCUUGACCGUCUUUCUUCUACAGUUAGCUGAAACGAUGCCACCCACAUCUGAUGCAGUCUCAAUCAUAGGAACAUAUUUCGCAUGUAUAAUGAUUAUGGUGGCAUUCUCUGUUGUAAUGACGGUCGUUGUUCUAAACUACCAUCACAGAAAUUCGGACACGCACGAAAUGCCUGAAUAUAUCAAAAGAACGUUUCUACUGUGGCUUCCUUGGAUCUUGAGAAUGCACCGUCCUGACAAGAUAACUGCCCGGCUCAAUAACAAGAAAACCACGGCCUUCAGCUCUGGCCGACAGUCCUCCUUGAAGUCAUCGGUGGAUCUCAGGGAGAGGUCGUCUAAGAGCCUCUUAGCCAACGUGUUGGACAUAGACGAUGACUUUCGUCUGCCGCGUGGACGAAAUAACAGCACUGGUGCUACUGCCGCGACAUCUGGCGGGUGCGGCAGCUCUUCGAGUGGCUACGUGCAGCUAAUAGGCGGUCCCAGCCUGGAAGGGACUCCAACGGCAAUCCCUUCUGCCACUGCCAACCCUACCACCACCUCUUGCUUGAGCUCGCAAAGGGAGCUCUCGGCCAUCUUGCGCGAAUUGCGCUACAUCACGAAGCGAAUGCGAGACGAUGACUCGAUGCAAGAGAUCAUAUCCGAGUGGAAGUAUUUGGGUAUGGUUGUGGACAGGAUAUGCCUCAUCCUCUUCACUGCCUUCACUGUCAUCUCGACGUGCGUGUGCCUCUUUUCGGCUCCUCACCUAAUGGCUUGA